CAAAUUCCCCCCCCCAGCCCCCACCAUGCAGCUCUUCGUGCGUGCCCAGACCCUGCUGACCCUCCAGGUCUCCGAAUCCGAGACCCUCGCCCAGGUCAAGGAGAAGGUGGCGGAGCUGUCGGGGGUGCCCCCCCAGGACCAGGUGCUGCUCUGGGCUGGGAGCCCCCUGGACGAUGGGACGGUGCUGGGGCAGAGCCCCCUCCCCGAAUUGGCCACCCUGGAGCUCUCCACGCGCCUGCUGGGGGGGAAGGUCCACGGAUCCCUCGCCCGCGCCGGCAAAGUGAGGGGUCAGACCCCCAAGGUGAGACCCUCCCUCACCCCACGGGGGUUUGGGGACCCCCCUGGGAUCCCCCUCCUGUCCCGGUGCCCACUGGGGUUCAUCCCAGUGCCCACCAGUGUCCCCCAGUGA